AUGCUAUCUCUCGAAGAUGCCUGGCGCGGCAUGAGGCUGCUCAAGGAAGCGGGAAUGAAAAAGCUGAACUUUGCUGGUGGCGAGCCUUUCCUAUACCCCAAAUUCCUGGGCAAUCUUCUGCGUUACGGAAAGGUCGACUUGCAGAUAGAAAGCGUCAGCAUCGUAUCCAACGGCUCUCCACACCAACAUCAAGAUCGGAAGAGGCAAACAGGGGAACAACAUCGAGACCCUGAAGAAAAUUGCCAGCUGGUUUCGAGCAUUCGGCAUCAAGUUCAAGAUCAAUACUGUUGUCUGUAGCCUCAAUUGGAACGAAGACCUCACUCGUCUAAUCACGCAAUUGCAGCCAUUCCGGUGGAAGGUGUUCCAGUGCUUAAUCGUUACCGGCGAGAAUGACAACGAGGAGCGAAAGCGUGAUGCCCGUUUGUUUCUCGUAAGCCAGCAGCAAUGGCAAACAUUCUGCGAUCGGCACAAGCAUCUAGAAUGUUUCGUUCCUGAGAGUAAUGAUAUGAUGAAAGGGAGCUACUUGAUCUUGGACGAGAAUAUGAGCUUCCUGGACAAAGGCGAUGGAGAGGAGAGAGCAAGUGAGAGUAUUCUAGAUGUUGGGGUGAAGACGGCCAUGAGUCAAGUACGGUGGGAGCGGACUACAUUUCUCACGAGAGGCGGGGUUUAUGAUUGGACCAAGGCACGUUCGAGCGAGGGAUGCGGCAUACAGGAGAACAAGGAAUUGGAGUGGUGA